ACAAUGAAACGCUGUAGCGCUUUUAACGAAGGAUUCUCAUUCGAUCCAAAUGAUGUUUCAAUUCCAGUGAAGAGCAAGAAAAAAAAGAAAGCGAAGGAGGUGGAGAAAGAAUCUGACGAAGAAUUAAAGUCAUCGCUCUCUACAAUUGAUCUCCUGAUUCAAAAUGUGACAAAAGAGAAGAAAGAUUUCUAUAGCAGAGUAUUGCAACAUACAAAGGAACAAGCGAAGAAGGCGGACGUGGUGAAAGCGAAGAACAGUAGUGUGAAGCAGAAGGCGAUGAAGAGAGAUGGUAACUUGGAGGACUUUACUGCCAUUCCGGCUGUGAAGGAUGAAGAGGAGGAGGACUUCCUCAGAUUCGACGAGAUGCAUCUCUCCCGUCCACUACUCAAAGGCAUCAGUGCCAUGGGUUAUGAUGUACCUACUCCCAUUCAGCAAGCAUGUGUUCCAAUCGGCCUACAAGGAAAGGAUAUUUGUGCCUGCUCAUCCACUGGAACGGGAAAGACAGCCGCCUUCAUGCUGCCCAUUCUGGAGAGACUUCUUUUCAAACCAGCUAACGGGGUUGCAGUUACGAGAGUACUUGUGCUGUUGCCUACGAGAGAACUCGCGGUGCAAGUGUUCCAGGUUUCAAAAAGCUUGGCAAAAUUCUCCAAGAUUCAGAUAACUCUUGCUACUGGUGGCUUGGAUCUGAAGACACAAGAGGACGCUGUUAGACGGUUCCCUGAUGUCCUCAUUGCCACUCCUGGUAGACUAAUUGACAUUUUAGUCAACACGCCUAGCUUUCACCUGCAAAAUAUCGAAAUUUUGGUUUUGGACGAAGCUGAUCGGAUUCUUGACGAGUCCUUUGAGGAUCAAAUCAAAGAAAUUGUCAAGGGAUGUUCCCGGAGUAGGCAAACCAUGUUGUUUUCUGCCACAAUGUCAGACCAGGUCAGAGAUCUAGCUGUUGUGUCGUUGCGCGACCCGGUCAAGAUUUAUGUCGACUCAAGUUUGGGAGUGGCUCAGAACUUGAGACAAGAGUUUGUGAGAAUUCGACCUCAGAUGGAACCGUACAGAGAAGCAAUGCUGGUGUCACUUUUAGUUCGAAACUUCACUAAUCGUAUUAUUGUUUUUGUGCCAACGAAACAAUUGGCGAGACGUAUGCAUAUUGUUUUGGGGCUUUUUGGACUUUCAGCUGGUGAACUCCAUGGAAACAUUCCUCAAACUAUAAGGCUGGACACGCUAAACAGAUUCAAAGAUGGUAAGUUUGAAGUGCUGAUUGCUACAGACGUGGCGGCUAGAGGCUUGGACAUCAAGGGAGUGACAACUGUAAUCAACUAUUCCAUGCCAAAGACCUACAAGCAGUAUAUACACAGGGUGGGAAGAACAGCCAGAGCUGGGAAAAGUGGAGUUUCACUGACCUUAUAUGGAGAGCAAGACCGGAAAAUUAUGAAAGAGGUUCUGAAGUACUCGAGGACAACGUUGAAAAAUCGAAGCAUACCUUCUGAAGUUAUCGAGUAUUACAAAGGAGUUUUGGAUGCUAUUGAAGUAGAUAUUGAAAGUGUCAAUUCGCACGAGGACGCAAAUGCCGACAUUUACAAAUUGGAGGCUAGAAUCAAAAAAGCGGAAGCAACUUUGACGCAACAUGAGGAUCUCUAUGGGAUGCCAGGAGCCAAAAAUAGUGUAAGUUCGGAGUCCGAACGAACUUGGUUCCAGUCUCACAGAGAACGGAUGGAGAAAAAACUGAGUAACAAGCUUGCAGAAUAUGCCGAGAGUUGUGAAACGUCUGAAAAGAAAAAGUCUCUGACAAAACAAGAGAAAAAAAUUCAAUCCAGAAAAGCAGAGGUGGCUCAGGCUAGAGAUAAAGAGGAAAAAAAAUUAAUAAAAAGUCAGUAUCUCGACGCAAAGAGGGCAAAACGAGGAAAGAAAAAGUAGUUGUUUUGUGAGUUUUUUAAAAUCCUGAAUGAUUGAUUUAUCGAGUUUAAAUUGAUGUCUUAAUAAUUUUUUGAUUUAAUUCAGAUGACUGACUUCACUUUAAAAUCAAAUUUCAAUCUAGAAAGAACUGGAG